AAUAUACCAUAAUAUACCCAUAACAACAAGUUUUUCCUGUGCAAGAGAAGUGUAAAGUAUAAUUUAAUAAAAUGCCGGUUGAUUGGUUUGGUUAUGCAUAUGCUGCCACGGUUGCAGCGGGCGGCAUCAUGGGCUAUGCCAAGGCAGCCUCGAUUCCUUCGCUUGGAGCUGGCCUUGCAUUUGGAGCUCUUCUUGGCUAUGGAGCCCACCUCAAUUCCCAGGAUCAACCACGUCCCUUGCUCCAGUUGGGCACGUCUCUGUUCUUGGCCGGGCUAAUGGGUGCCCGCUGGAAUCGAUCUGGAAAACUAAUGCCUGCCGGCUUUGUCUGUAUGAUCUCCGUGGUUGCUCUAGUGCGGAACCUGGUAUCUUACAACCGCUACUUGCCGCUGCCGACAAGCUCUAAGGGCGCUUAGAGCCAACUAAGCUUGUUAUUCUCAGUAGCUGGACUUGCCCGGAGAUUUUCCAUAUAAUUUUUCCAAUUUGUAUGCAUUAAUUCUUGCGAUAUUUGAUUAAAAAGUUUUUUGGUGCUUGGACCUAUGAUACUUA